AUGCUCCAAGGAGCCGGACCCAGGAUUUGGUCUCCGAAUCGCGGGGCCCGGCCCCCAGCGCCCGAGGGUGGCAGCGGCUUUGUGGCGCGCGUGGGUUCUACCGCGGGCGGCGCGGAGGCGGGGCUGCGCGGAGGCGUCCACCACUCUCAUCCCUCGGCCCUGCAGCGGGCGCCCCGCAUGGCCAGCCCCGCGCGGGCCGCCAGCCCCGCGCGGGCCGCUUUCCCCGCGCGUAAGAAGAGCCGCCUGGACGCGUUCCUGCGAAGGCAUCUGCCGCCCGAGGUCUACGACGCCAUCCGCGCCUACGAGCCGUGCAUCGUGGUAUCCGACACGGGGAAACACACCUUAAAGUACGUGCUGCUCAGUGGCCGGCUCAUCUACCUGACCGAGAACCCGCUCCAGUCCAUCCGGCGAGUCGUGGCGCUCCGGAACAUCGCGGCCAUUGACCUGGUGAGGCGCGCGGGCGGGCUCGCGAGAACCCCCCUUCUUGGGGGGUUCUUCAAAGAAGAGAAUAAUGGCCCUGCCUUUUGGAGAGGCAAAAAGCCUAAAAGUUUGAAUGAAUCCCUUUUCAGGUACCACCAAGAGAGCAGCACACCACCAUCCAAGGACUCAACUCUUGGCCCUCCUUCAGACCUCAAGAAGCUGUCCCUUCAUGGCCAAAGUGCCUGUCGACCCUUACCUACCCCCUCCAGGAGGAGCUGUCAGCCCACAUCAGCCACUAGCAAGGCUGUCGGUGUGCCAUUUUGCACCACAAACACAAAAGAACCCCAGGGACUUUCAGAUCACAAAGACAUUCUAAGUGAAAUCCCUUUCAAGUGCAGUGGGAACGGAAAUGAGUUUUACUUAGGAAAUUCCUCCCUGGCCUCCCCUUUACAGAGUAACCCAAAUCUAGAGAAAAAGGAGUCAAAACUUCAUUUGUACAUUAUUUCCACAACUUCAUCAAUAUUUCUGCACUUAAAAAGUUCAUGGAACUAUUAUGUUAUAAAAGCUACUCUUUUACAAGAUCCCCUAUAUGUUAGCGAGCUCAGUCCUGCUACUGGAAGUCAAAAGCCAUAUAGAUCUGAGGAGGAAAUUAAGCACUUCAGUCAACUUAAAUCUGAACUUUUUCUUAAAGACAAUACUUUGAGGAAGACUUUAAUUACAGAACUUAAAGUAGCAGCCCCGAAAAACUUCAUUCUGAAAAGGCUUUUCUGGAAAACCAGUGACCUUUUUUAUUUCCUAGUGAACAAACUUCAUGAGUACUUGCCAGAGUCUAGGGAUAAGAAUGCACAUCAAAAUAAAAACCAAAGUGUUGAUGAGCUGGUGGCAUGCAUUGAAAUUAUACAGACUCUGGGACUGAUGUUCAGAGAAACAGAAACUGAGCCAUCACCCCUGAACACAUUGGCAGCUAAGAAGGGAACACUAUUUAACCUCUUGGUAAUUUUAAUUAGCGAGCCUCAGAUUCCAAAAUCUUGUCGUUUUGACAUCCAGUUGGUGGCUGAUUCAGCUUUAGUUGAGAUGUCUUUUGAUGCUGAGUUACAGAAGCUUAUCCUGGAAUAUACAGAUACAGCUACCGCACUUUUAUAUCAGAUACUUCUUGUCUUUCAGCAGGGAAAUCUUGGAUUGGGGUCAUCAAAGUUUGCUAUUAGCUGGAUGAUGUCCUUUCUACAAAGUCGUCCUCCCAUAAUUACUUUUGUGGCCAGAAUUGUGAAGGGGCUUUCAGCUUCAUUUCAGCUGCUAAGUCCUGGCCAAGCAGUUCUUUUAUACCAGCAGUUUUACAUCUUCAAGAGCUGCCUGCAGUACAGCAAAACAGCUGAGUAUAUUAGGGAUGACUACAGAGAAGAAUUCAGGUACUUUAUUCACAUGCCAGCCUUGGAAAAAAGGGUCCCAUUAUGUUACCCUAUUACCCAACCUACCACUCAACUUUUUCAUGACGUUCUGAAAUUGGUUGAACAGAAACAAUGUGUGAAAUGUUAA